AUGCGUCCUCAUCUUGCACAAGUCCUCAAUGUUGCCGGUACCAUUCAUUUGGAUUAUUGGUGGACCAAUCACAAACCAAUAAUUGGACCAAGUAUUGCACCUAUCAAAUGGCUUCCUCCUCCUCUUGGCUGGUACAAAAUAAAAUUUGAUGGCUCCGUUAGAUGCAGCCAUGCUGCAAUUGGCUUUGUUAUUAGAGAUGAUAAUGCACAUGUUGUUCUGGCUGGUGCUAAGAAGAUUGGUUGCAAUUCUAUUAUUGUGGCAGAAUGUUUGACACUUAGAGAUGACUUGGCUUAUGUUGUUUCGAUUUCGAAGGGAUGGUCCAAGCUCUUAGUUGAAGGGGAUUCUAAACUUGUCAUUGACUCAGUUUUGAAGCGAUGCUCGACUCCCUGGUGCAUUAACCAGCUUGUUCAAGAUAUUCUACAUCUCAGAACAUUUUGUGAUCAAGUCUCCUUCUCUCAUGUCUUUCGAGAAGCCAAUGCGGUUGUAAAUGCUCUUGCUUCUUGGUCAUUCUCUCUCGCCUUCAAAGUUGUGGGAGAGUGA